UCCUGUGCUGUUAUUCCCAGGCUUGCUAGCUGGCAGUGAAGGCUACUGCUCUGUUCUGUUCUGAUCUCUCUGCUCUGAUGGGGUUUACGACCCACAGAGUCAGGGCUUGGGGUCCUGAGGGCACUGAGUGCUUCUGUCGCUGAUCCCUGACCCCCUCUAUUCCUCUCUCCCACUGGGCAUUGCUCUACCAUACCAACCCCCUACAACUUACCAACGUAGCUGUGGCUGCUAACGCAUGCUAUCCGACGGCUAAGGAUCGAACCUCAACGAGAAGGCUAACUGGACAGCUCAUGGAUUGCUAACAGAUUGCUAAUUGGAAGCUAACCAGAACUGAACCAGAAGCUACACGGACUUCUAAUCAGGCUCUAACUGGACUGCUAAAGGAUCAGUAACCAGCUUUCAGCCCCCUCCGCCGCUCUCCGCUCACCCAAGAACGACUGAUCUGGCCAGGGGAUAUGACAGCUGUAGUAGCAGUAUCUAUCCUCCUCUCCCUCCUCCUCCCUCUAUCCCUCUCCUGUCCUAAGGGGUGUGUCUGUGACGGCCGGACGAAAGUCGUCGACUGCCGAGGGCGGGGUUUAUAUGACAUCCCUCGCCAUCUCCAACCCGACACUUUAGAACUCCAUCUCCAAGACAACCGUAUCCGAGGGCUGGGUUCCAUGGCAUUCCGAGACACGCCCCUGCUGCGUGUUUUGGACCUAUCCAAUAACUCUAUCACGUCUGUGUCUCCCUCUACACUACUCGGUCUGAGAGGGCUACAACGUCUCAGUCUGGCCAGUAACGCCCUGAGAGAACUGGACAGAAGACUGCUAGGGCCAAUACGAUCUCUAUCACACCUAGAUCUGUCCCACAACAGUCUGACGGGUCUGCCUGGUGCUAUGGGGGAGAGCCUGAGGAACCUGUCCCAGCUAGGGCUAGCCCACAACAGGCUGCAGCGGCUGGACAAGUCCCUACUGGAAAACCUGGAGGGCCUGGGUCACCUAAGCCUGAGAGGGAACCCCUGGAGGUGUGACUGCCAGGUCAUAGGCCUCAAACUGUGGCUGGAGACCUUCCUCUUCAGAGGUGGAGUGGUGGAUGAGGUCUCCUGCUCCCAACCAGAGGAGAUGAAGGACAAAGAUCUCCAGAAUGUUCCCUACCAGCUCUUCCAUUCCUGUAUGACCACCAGCUACAACUACCUGUUCUCCAACAUACACCACCUGGAGUCUGACAGGUCCAACAGGGGUCACACCCACGGCAACACACAUGGCAAUGGCAACCCGCACGGCCCCCUGGGAAUGGGGGAGGGGUAUGGAGGAGGGGGGAGUGGUCUCCCUGAGUGCGAGCCCAAGCAGAGACCUCGCCCGGUGAACCUGCGUCAUGCCAUCGCCACGGUGAUCGUGACUGGCGUGGUGUGUGGCAUCGUGUUGAUGAUGAUGCUGGCUGCAGCGGUGUACGGCUGUGCCUACGCCGCCCUCAUGGCCAAGUACCAGCGGGAGCUGAAGAAGAGUGAGGAGACGAGUAAGGGCGAUCACGGCAGCGCAGACGAGAAGGAGCCACUGGAGAACGCUAUCGCCUAGGAGAUGGGAUUGAGUGAACUGUGAACGUUAACCCAGAAACUUUGAAUCUGUAACUUUGAACCCUGUACCUGAAACUACUGUCAUAGGUGUGUGUGUGUGUGCGUGUACCCUGACUUAAAACUCAAAUCUUCAGCUUGAACUUUAACCUCUAGUCCCGUGGACUAAACUGGGACCUGACCCAAAACCUUUGUCACCCUACCCAUAACUCAUACCUGGUCUACACCUUAACCAGAGGACAGGACAGCACAUAUCAACCACAGCUGGAGAAAGCCAUCGCCUGUGACAGGUUUUGUUGGUAUCAAUAGUUCACCUCAUAGUGAAAGUUGUAAUGUUAUUUCCCAACACAACAUACCCCCCAUGUUGUCCCAUCCAAAACUACUAAAUGCAAAUAAGAGAACUACAGACCAUAUCUACUGAGAGUUGAAAUCAGAACAAAGUUAGCACUUCAGAAGGGAAAGCGAGAAAGGAAGCUAGAAACGUCUUGUGCAGUAUUUACCAAGCUUACAUAUCUACACUCCUUUACUUUACACUGAUUGAACACGUUGUAAUGUAUCUCUCUGGAUUAUAACCAGUAAGACUGCUGUGGUGUGGAGCGGAGGCUUGGUACAUCAGGUGCUGUUAAUAUAUACUCGGCAAGGCACACAUCUUUAGAUCUCUGUGUCUGGGGUCUCCCAAAUAUAUCACAACAUAUCAAUUCCAUUUCCUCUGAGGGUAGUACAAAUGGAUAGAAAACAUGUUGAUAAAUGUUUUGUUUGUUGAUUGUGUAAAAUGUUAUCUUCUGAAUUAUUAGUAGUUUGUAUUUUGUUUGGUUUUCUUUGUAAACUAUUGUUCAUAUCUUUUGAUUCUGUCUAAUUUUGAAGUGCAGAUUCUUAGUAGGCAGCUAUAACGUGUGUGUGCUUUUUAACGUUUUAUUUCACCUUUAUUUAACCAGGAAAAUACCCUUUAGGUAAGAAACCUCUUUUGGGAGGGUGACCUGGCCAAGAGGUUUGUGUGUGUGUGCGUGUGUGUGUGUGUAUGUGUGCGUGUGUGUGUGUAUGUAUGUGCGUGUGUAUGUGUGUGUGUGCGUGUGUGUGUGUGUGUACGUGCGUGUGUAUGUGUGUGUGUGUGUGUGUGUGUGUGUGUGUGUGUGUACGUGCGUGUGUAUGUGUGUGUGUGUGUGUGUGUGUGUGUGUGUGUGUGUGUGUGUGUGUGUGUGUGUGUGUGUGUGUGUGUGUGUGUGUGUGUGUGUGUGUGUGUGUGUGUGUGUGUGUGUGCGCUGAAGGAGAAAAUAUGCAUAUUUUCCUUAAUGUGUGGAAGAUGGAUGAUUCUACAAGCAAUAAUGAAACAAAACUAAAAUAAC